AUGAUGCAUGCAACAGGUAACUUUUUCUCUCGCGUUUUUAUGCGAUAGACAAAAAGAUCAAACGAUCAUCGGGUGCCCUUAUCGCAUGUUCUAGUUAGGCGUUCGAGGUUUGCAUGCAGGACUACAGUGUGAUCUAUAUUACAUGGUUGGGGUCGUAAUACUUUUGAAGUAUGAAUGACGUUUCUUUUCAACAGUUUUUAACUUUGCUUUAUUGCACUCCGUUAAAAAAACUUUAUUUUAAACGCUAGUGAACCAAAUUGUACAAUAUGUGAACUAGUUGUGGCCAUCUACGAAGGUAUUACUAUAAAGAGGGAAUGGGUAGCGCGCACGGGGAACUGCAAAAUGAAAAAAAAGGGAGAAUAGGCGCUGAAGUUAUUGACAGGGGUACGGUUUAAAUUACCUUUUGUUUCCAUUUUUUUUUUAGAUUCCCAUUCACUGGGUUCGUUUCCGUUCUUCGUUCCUCGUUUUAGUCCUUUCAGUAGCCAUGCCAGUAAAUACAGGUAGUAAUUUAGAUCCAGUUGUAUAUAGCAUCUUUCACAUCUGCUUCCCGAGGUUUCUUCCACGAACAAUCAAGAAGCGACCGAGAUAAAUAUGUCAAGAUCUAUUGGGAGAACAUUCUACCUAGUAAGAUAUUGCAUACAGUAGUACGUUUUGUUAACCGGCCAUCAGCGACAGACGGCAAACUAUUGUUGCAAACUGAAAGCUAAAAAGGUCUAUUUAUUUUCGGCGACACUACUUUUUACUUAAUUGUCAAUUGAAAAUAUUGGUUUGUUAAACUAGUACUUUGAAAUCUACGUGAUAUCUUUAGAAGUGUUCAGAUAUCUAUUCUGACUUCACUAACACGAGAAAAGGAACAAUUCUCGCGCCAAAACCGUAAAUAAUCCGAAACUAUCCCUCGAAUCCCGCGCGCCCCUUAACCGUGUUCGUUCCCAUGUUUCUCAAACGUCAGAAAUUACAUUUUUUUUGGCAUCGUUCACCAUUCCUGGGGUCGCAGUUACUUUCCAAUUGUUAUCAAAUGCAUCAAAAAAGCGCUUUUGAAUUUGAGCAUGAUGGAGUAAUAUCAUGAAUUGCUCCUUCAUAGUUAAAUGUGCGCAAAUACGUCUUUACAAGAAAUACGUUAAGCCAAGUGUGUUACCUACCUACCCACUCUACCUACCUCACCUACCUAAUUUUGUUUUAUUUUAGAGUAUAAAGACCAGUUUGACAAAUAUUCGUGGAGGACUCUUGAUAAUUUGGGUGUGUCCUACGAUUAUCAGUCCGUCAUGCAUUAUGAUAGACUAGCAUUCACCAAAAACGGCAAACCCACCAUUGUAGCCAUUGGAAACGAGAACAUGGAAUUUGGAGCUCCGAAUAACCUUCUAAGUACCAGAGACGCAGUCAAAAUCAAUGCUUUUUUACAAUUGCAGAAGUGA